CCUAAACCUCCGAUAAUGGCGUCAGAUGGAACCUCUCCAUUACCAGGACCAGAUAUGCCCAUGAAACCUAGUGCUGGCCUGUCCCCUUUCACUACCCUUCCCUUUGCCCCACCUACUCCUGCUCCACCAGACCAACCCCUCUGGGAGCCAUCACCACAGCCCCCCAUGCCUCCUGCCUUCCCUCCAGGCAAUCCUCUGCUCCUUUCUGCUUUCCCUAGCCCAUUGUUGGUGACAGGAGAAGGAGGCUCUGGCCCCAGUGUGGCUGGAACAGGUCAAGUCAUUGUCAAAGUCAAAACAGAAAUGGGGCCAGCUGAACCUUCUCAAACUCAGAACCUUAUAGUUACUCAGACGGCCCUAAACUGGAUUACCUCCGGUGCUCCCUGUGGGGUCCAGGAGGGGCCUCCUCCACCUCCUCGGUAUGUGACACCUUCUAACCUGAAGACCAUCCUGCCUACUGUGGCUGUUGGAGUGAGCCAGGAGGGCCCUACAGGACUUCCUCUGCAGGUUCUACCACCAGCUGCCCAACUGGCUCCGAUUGUACCCCUGGAAAAGUCCUGGCCAGGAAUACAAGCAGCAACCACGGAAGGAGGUCCUGUGGCUGCCCGGAAGCCUUUCCAAGGUGACCUUGCCUAUGCUUCCAAGGGUGUUUAUGAGAACUAUCGUCGCUGGCAGCGCUACAAAGUCUUGGCCCGGACUCACCUAUCCCAGAGUCCUGAUGCUGAAGCUCUUUCCUGCUUUCUUAUCCCAGUGCUUCGAUCCCUGGCCCGACUGAAGCCUACCAUGACCCUGGAGGAGGGGCUGCCGAGGGCUCUGCACGAGUGGGAACGCACCAGCAAUUUUGACCGGAUGAUCUUUUAUGAGAUGGCGGAGAAAUUCAUGGAGUUUGAGGCUGAGGAAGAGACACAGAUACAGAAUGCACAGCUGAUGAAUGGGUCCCCGGGUCUGUCCCCUGUAGCCCCGUUGAAACUUGAUCCUCCAGGGCCCCUGGUCCCAGAGGCUUGCCAGCAGCCAGCGUACAUUCCUAAGAAGGCAGCCUCUAAGUCACGGGCUCCCCGCCGGCGGCAGCGUAAGCCCCAACGGCCUCCAGUUCCUGAGGCACCCAAAGAGAUCCCACCAGAAGCUGUGCAAGAAUAUAUUGACAUCAUGGAAGGGCUGAUGGAGAGCCACGUGGACCCUGGGAAGACAGUGGAAGAGAGGCAACAGGAAGGUACAGGGAUGUUUCCAGACUCAAGUCUUCUGAACUACAUUGAUGAACUAUGUUCUCAGGAAGUCUUUGUCUCCAAGGUAGAGGCCGUUAUUCAUCCACAAUUUCUGGCAGAUCUGCUGUCCCCAGAAGAGCAGAGAGAUCCUUUGGCUUUAAUUGAGGAGCUAGAGCAAGAAGAAGGACUUACUCUUGCCCAGCUGGUCCAGAAACGACUCUUGGCCUUGGAAGAGGAAGAUGCUCAGGAGCCUCCAAGUUGCAGUGGAGCUCAGUCAGACUCAAGUCCUUCUAUUUCUGACGAAGAUGAAGAUGGGGGUCGGAGGUGUCGGCCCUCACCUGGGCUUCAGGGGGCUGCGGGCACUGUUCGCAUUGGAAAAUCUGCUUCUCCAGGCAAGCAGGCAAGAGAAAUGCAUGGUGGGCAGGAACGAGUGCUAGGUGGUUCAAGGGGGAUUCACAAGGAUGGAAACACGCUGCCAUCCUCUAGCAGCUGGGACCCGCAGCUAGAACUCACAGCUCCACAGGGAAUGCAAGAAUCCUUGGGUAUGGAGAGAAAAGGGUCUGGGAAGCUAUAUGCAGCUCAUGACGGCCACCUAGGAGGUCCUGGGUAUUCUGGGCACUACCCAGCAGCAGAUAGGAAUCCAGAGGCUUUACCUUUUUGUUGGCAAGAAGAGCCCCAACCUGUGAGAGCCUCCAGUUUGGAUGUUGGAGUUACAGAGCCAGUUUCUCUGCAAGGACUUGGGUUAGAAAAGCAGGCCUUAGGGUUGCAGAUAGGACAAGAGAUCGGGGGAGUUGGGGUGCUUACUCAAGGGAGAGAACCUUCAGCGGUGUCCCAGAAAGGCUCUUCAAGAGCCAUGUGGGGAGAUGACAGAGGUCCCGACACAGCUCAGAGUUAUGAUCAGAACCAUUCCCCUGGAGCAACUGGCAACCUAGAGAGGGUUUCUCUCAGCCCAGGACUGUGGCUGAGCAGUGACAUGGAUGCUGUGGGUUUAGAGUUGCCCUUACAAAUCGAAAGUGUCAUAGAUAGCAUCCAAGAUGAGGCAGGUAUAACAGAGGACCAGGCACUGAGUUCCCGAAACAGUGUUUCUCCAGGCCCUAGAAAAACCACAGUGCCCGAGAAUGUCGAGAUCAGUGUGGUUCCCUGUGGAGGCACAGAUGCGACAGCUGUUAUAGAAAAGAGAAACUCCUGCAGCUUGCCAGGAUCUCUGAUGGCCGAUGGCCCUGCUUUGAGGUCUAAAGAGAAUCAAGAGCUGAGUCCUGAGACCACACAGGAUCCUAGUGAUCUGUGGGCUGGAGGUUGCUCCCCACUGCUGGAAACACUUGACCCCUCCACACUGGGGUCUUCAGAAGACACCCUGUUACCCACAUGCCAAGGCAAUAUCCUUAUUCUUGGGACCCAGGAUGCCUCCUCUUUCCCCCAGGCUAGCCAAGAGGCAGAGAGCAGAGAUAAUCUACUUUUUCCACUUUUGGAAAACAUAGAACAGGUCAAUAUACUAGAUAUUAGAAAUGACAGCAGUCCCAACCCAGGGGUCAGCAAGGAUUCCUUCUCACCAAAUUUUAACUCUUAUAAUCUCCAAGGAGAGUGCAGGGAAGAUACUGUCUCCUUCAAACCUACUGACCUUGAUCCUUUACAAGACAAUCAAGAAUCUUAUACACUUGAGGCCACCAAAUCAACAUCUGGCCAGGGCCUGGGGAGUACUUCCCCUAGGUGGGGUACUAGGGAUGCUUUUGUUCUCAGAGAAAUCCCUACUGGAGAAACAUACAACUCAGCAGAUAGGGCAAAAGGAAGUGAGAAAGAGGAGGAGGAAGAUGAAGAACUAUCAAACUUUGCCUAUCUUUUGGCUUCGAAACUUAGCCUCUCUUCUGGAGGGUUUCCUUGUCAUGCCUCUGGAAGUCAGGGAACCCCAAAAACAUCCCACCACUCUGCUGAAGUAGAUGACCGUGACCAACUUUCACCCCCUUCCAAGCCUGGGAAGCAGGUUUUAGUUGGGAGUCCAGCUGCUGCUGUAGAGAGAUCCCAACUGGAAGCUCAGCUUGGUAGUUCCAGGCAGAAACCCCUAGCCCUGGGAUUGGUGCAGCUCCCACAGCCUCGUAAAAGGCGGCGUGACAGUUUUGUCACAAGCAAAAGGAAGAAGAGGCGUCGUAACCAGUAG